AUGAAGCUUGUGGGUGAAUUAUUGUUGCAGUUAUUGGUUUUAACGGCGACUGUUAUAAAUGCAAUAAGCAAUGCGAAGUUGGCUAAGUUGUCUGCUAAAGAUGGUGGGAUAAUCCAGUUAAACAAUGGUAAUUUUAAACAGAUUCUAUCAAGCCCUAGAAGUUCACACAUAGUUGUUUUGUUGACUGCUACUAAUCCCCAGAUCGAUUGUAAUUUAUGUGUGGAGUUUGGACCUGAUUACUCGACUUUAGCACGGUCAUGGAUAAACGGGCAUUCAGAUGGCUUAGGAGGUGAAACUAAGGAACAUGGGUUGUACUUUGCAAAAGCUGAUUUUAUGGACAAUACCAACCAAGUUUUUACAUAUUUCAGUGUGAAUAAUGUGCCACGGUUAUUCCUAUUUACGCCAAAUGGGGAUGUAGACUCUUAUGAGCAACUUGGAAUUCCGUCUCAAAGUGGUAAUGCUCGCGUACAGCCUUUGGUUUCAACACUGAAGGAGUACACUGGAUUUGAAGACUAUAUUUUUAUAGAACCUAUCAAUUGGGGGUCUAUUAUAACCACUAUAUUUGUUUCUGGGAUGAUUGCCUUCAUUGUCAGAAAGUAUAGACCUUUCGUUCUCAGUAUCCUUACCUACAGACCACUUUGGGGUAUCACCUGUGUUUCUUUUAUUAUUGCCUUGAUCACAGGAACUAUGUUCAAUAAGAUCAGGGAUACACCUUACCUUGGGUUAACGCCGGAUAGAUCUCAGGUUCAAUAUAUUGCACUAAGACAGCAACAAUUCCAGUUUGGUGUUGAAACUCAGAUCAUGUCUUUCAUUUAUGGUGCCCUCACGUCUACUUUUAUGCUACUAACAUUGGGUCUACCUAAGCUCAAGGACUACUAUCAAAGACAUAAAAAUGGUACUGAAAACGUUGUCCAGUUUAUAGGCUCAAUUUGUUUUCUGUUGAUCAUCUAUAUUCUAUUUGCUGCGCUAGUAGCGGUUUUUAAACUAAAGAAUGCUGAGUAUCCUUUUAGGUUGUUCAAGCUUCCUGCCAUUCUAUAG